AUCAUGUUCUAUCGAUUCCGUUACUGUGUCCCGCGAACAUUGCUGAUUUGAAUUUAGUCAGUGGAAAAUAUACGAAUGACGCUUUUGAUUUGGAAUGAGCUGGAAUAUCAGACAGGAGGAUUUUGUCCAAAAGUACCUGACCAACUUGGAGAGCCAGAUUGAAAAGGGGGAUCGAAUUCUGGUGUGCAGAGAUGAUCAACUUUGCAAGGAAGUAGAGGCAUUUCUUUCCAAAGACAAUGCCCAGAAGAUCUUUAACACAUGUGGACUAAAUCCACUCACAGUGAUGGAAAACUCACUCCGUGCAUUGCCCUUUAGAACUGGCCAUUUGUGUCUUGAGAAACUUUGCAAGUCCUUUGAAGUGUUGGAGCUUGCUGCAUUAAACCUCUACCUUUAUCCUUGGAGAAGGGAGUAUAGAGUUGUGAAGAUGUUUUCAGGUAUAUUCACCCAUUCAAUCAAAUCUGCAUUAACCCUACAGCAGGCUAAAGAGCUGUUUGGGUUGCUUGGAUACCAGCCUUUAGGUCCUACUGAAGAAGAAGAGCUAAUGCUCGACCCCAAACUAGUUCCUGCUGAUUUGUUACUCAACCUGGCAUGUGCCUACUUCAUUGCUCGAAUGGAGUGCCAUCUGCUAAUUUCCACCUUGAGCGCUCUGGACAGAGGUGUUGAGUGGGUUCUGCAACUAGUUAAGGAGAGACAGAAGGGCCAUUGCCUUCAGGUAGCAUUGGAGAACAUCAAAAGGAAGUUAGAGUCUACCCAUGCUUCAGAUGUCACCCUAAGCACUAGUAUAGAUUUGGAGGUGGAUCUUUACACUGAUAAGGAUUUGCUGAGCAAAGCACAGCCAGAUCCUCAUCAGUGGACAGCUACUUCUUGUUUGCCACCUCACCCUUCUUUGUGUAUACAACCAAAGGAGGGCCUCCUACAAAGCAAUCCUUCAUACGGGGACAUGUCCCAUUCAGACAGGGUGAGUAAUGCAGAUGCAAGCCAGGAAAGAUCGCUCUGUGUCUCAGAGCUUCAGUGCCAGACCAACAACCCCAAAAACCUUGUCUCACCUCCACAGAAUAUAGGACCACUGGAAAGCUCUGGUAAAGUUCAAACUGAAGGUCGUACCCAGAGACAAGCAGUAGAAGUUGGACCAGAGAUGUGCAGCUGUAUCACACCAUCAUCUUUGUAUGUAUACCAGUGUGACCAGUGCAAAGACAUUCACAAUUCACAUUGUGAACAUUAUAAAGAGUGCAGAAACAAAGGGCAUACUUUAGCACUGUGCCCCGACAAAGUUGGACUGCAACAGAAAAUCAGUGUGCAACAAGACGAGCAUAAAGAAGGCAAAGAAAAAGAUUCUCUGAAGAAUCAUUAUUGUAUUAGCACUUCAAAGUUGGAUACCUUUUUGGUGUGUUACACCUGCCAAUCAAUCCAUGACCAGAGCUGUGAAAACAUUAACAUAUGUAAAUCACAGUGUCACUGCUUGCAAUCCACAGGAAAAUUACAGCCCCCUCAAGGAGAAAGAGCCAAUGCUCCAAAGAGACACAUGUGUCUUACUGCAGAGGCUCCAGCAUAUGUAAUUUGCCACACCUGUAACAACUACCACGAUUGCAUAUGUGAACAUGUGAAAAACUGCAAUAAACUUGCCCAUGAUGUGCAGUACCUCCAAGAAUUGGGUGAUUCAGAAACACCCUGUAAGCCAAUACCAUUUCAUCAGUGCUGCACUGCUAACCAGCCUUGGCCUGAAAUUUUAUGCCUCGUUUGUAAUGUCUUUUAUUUUUCCGGCUGUCCGGAUGGAAGGCAGUGCUCUCAAAAACACAAAAUACUACGACUUGAAACUAAAUGUGUCACUUGCCCGAAUUCUGAGCUUUACAUCCUAUGCAGGUAUUGCUGUGCUCUGUAUUGCAAAAAUUGUUGGUUUAAAAGUCCAAUGCUUUGUAAAUGUGGAAUGCCUUUGAACAACUCCUCCCCUGUUUAACCUGCACUUCAAAUCUGCAUAUAUAUAUAUAUAUAUAUAUAUAUAUAUAUAUAUAUGUUUGAUAUUUUAAUCUAAAGAAAUCUAAUAUCACUACUACUAUACAUUUAUUCCAGUUUACUGGAAAUUAGAAAUGUAAAAAUCAUCCUUAAAAAAAAUUAAAUAUGAAAAAGUAACAAGGCAAUUCACUCUUCCUGGUUGGAAGGAUUGGAAGUGGUUCAAGGAUACAAUAUAUGCCAUCCCAUAACAAUGUCCAUAACUGCCAAAUGGUAGUGAUUCAGUGCAAUAUGUGAUUUUGGUAGAAUCAAAUGCCAUGCCAUUCUUCUAGAACGUCUUCACGUAGCUUAUUGUUUGCUCUGCUUUCAAAAUACAUUCUUUCAUUCUUGCUUUCUAUGUCACACUUUUGUGCAAUAGAGAGCACAAACCUACUUGCCUCGUAAAAUGUAACAAUCUGUUAAUUGUUAGUGUACAGAUACAGUUUGGAACAUGUUGAUUAUAAUUGUCCUGAUGAAGUCUUGGCAACAUCUCUAAUAUGCUGAUUAGAAAAAUGUACUGCUAUUUCAUAUAACUAAAUGUAUUUAUAGAUGCCCUUUAAUUGCAAAUUAUCUGUAUUGUUGCAGUUUAAUAGAACUGAUAUCCAAAAUAAAGGGAUUGA